AUGUCUGACAUGUGGGUACCUCGCGAACGAGGCUUUGCAAGUGCGCUAUAUGCGUGUGCGCCCUUUUUGGGCCCAGUGAUUGGUCCAAUCAUCGGUGGAUGGGUGGCGAUGUCUCACCUUGGGUGGCGAUUCAAUUUCUGGAUUAUGUUCAUUCUCUGUGGGGUAUCCACGAUCGGGUUUGUUGUCAUUGUGCCUGAGACGUAUGCGCCAGUUCUACUACGCUGGCGUGCGGAAAAAUUACGCAAAGAGUCCGGAGGUAAUACCGUGUACAUCUCGAAGUAUGAUGUCGGACACUCGCGCAAGCGCAUAGACAUUUUUCGAAAAAAUAUGGCGCGACCAUUCGUGUUUCUUGCUACGGAGCCUAUUGUCCUCCUCCUGGCGAUAUACGUAUCUGUCGCGUAUGCUAUCCUAUACGCCUUUUUUGCUGCCUUCCCGAUUGUGUUCCAAGAACAACGCGGUUGGUCGCCUGGUGUCGGCGGGCUAGCCUUCAUUGGAGUCGGGGUAGGAACCACUUUUGGUCUGCUUCUGACCCCAAUACAAAAUCGACUGUAUUGGGCUGCGAUGGCCCGCAGUCCCACUGGCCGGGCUGCGCCCGAAGAGCGUUUGUAUGCGCCCAUGUUUGGUGCUAUCUGCUUGCCUAUCGGGAUGUUCUGGUUCGCAUGGACGAGUUCACCGCACAUCUUCUGGCUUAGUCCAAUACUUGCAGGCAUACCAUUCGGGAUUGGGGUGGCUUUGGUGAUGCAGGGCGCGUCACAAUACCUCAUGGACGCGUACCAGAUGUACUCGGCGAGUGCUCUAGCGGCGACGGUCGUGCUGCGGUCUAUAGUCGCGGCGGUCUUUCCCCUCUUCAUACCCACAAUGUAUGCGAAUAUCGGAGAUGGCUGGGCUUGCAGCGUCUUCGCAUUCUUAGUGACGGCCUGUAUGCCUAUACCUUAUUUGUUCUAUAAAUACGGCCCCUGGCUACGGGCACAUUCCAAAUGGGCUUUACAAGAUACCAUCCCUCCUCGCGGCGCGCCCGGAACGGGCGCUAUUCCUACAUCGGAUACCUCUGCGAAGGAGGAAAAAUAG